CUUCCUUAUCUCCUAGCUUCCCCUGCUUCUUUCUUCUUCUGCUUCUAAACCUUCUCCUUUCUAUUAGUCCUUUGGGUCACACCGCUUCUACCAUUCUUCUCUUCCUAUUCUUUCUCCUUAAAUACCACAACCGAGAACCAUAGCUCCCAAGAUAGAAAAGGGGCUAUUGCCAUUGCCGAGCCCCUGGCCAGGAGUCGAUCGAUCAAUCACCCGAUCUUACGCGAAAGCACACAACAUUUUGGUAUCAGAGCCGAAAACCACCGCAGCAAUCAUGGAAGAGCGUGUUGCCCGUCUCGAAGCUGACUUUAGGGAGUUGAUGACGACCCAAGCGACGGUGCUCAGGGAGAUGCAAGAAAGUUUUGCAGCGAUGAAUGCUCGUUUCGAUCAGAUUGCUCAGCCUGCUCCUAGGAUCAACGAAGGGGCCAGAGUCAACCAAAGGAACCAGCCGCAGGCACCAAGGAUGAAAAUUGAAUUUCCCAAAUUCAAUGGAGUUGACGAUCCCACCGUUUGGAUUUGCCGGGCUGAACAGUUCUUUACCUACUGCCAAACCCCUGAAGAAGAGAAGGUCCUGGUGGCUUCCAUCAAUUUGGAGGGAGAAGCACAACUUUGGUUGCAAGUUCAGAGGGAAGGAGGGCAGGAGCUCACCUGGGAGGAGUUCAAACGAGAUAUGCACACUCGAUUUGGCCCAACCCAAUUUGAAGAUUUCUUUGGGGAUCUCACCAAGCUGCAGCAAGAGGGUACCGUCCGUGAUUAUCAAACACAAUUUGAGAAGCUGCUGGUUCGUGCCGGGAAUCUGACUCAAGCUCAACAGGCUAUAUGAAGCGAAGGGUGUCCGAAACCACACUGCACCAUUACCUGUUAAGAAGCUGAGUCCUGCCGAAGUGAACGAACGUCGAGCAAAGGGCUUGUGCUUUAAUUGCAACGAGACCUUCCACCCAGCUCAUCGUUGCAAGAAGCUGUUCCUACUGGAAGCCGUUGAACGAGGUGGUGAUCAUGAGUUAGAUAUGGACCUGGAAGACUCUUGAUUCUUGAGGCCAAGAAUCCUCUCAAGGAGGAAGGAAUGUCACGUGCAUUUGGUUGUUUUUAAUUUCCAAUAAUAGUUUAGUUUGUUUUAGCUGUUUAGUUAGCCACGAUUCCCACUUGCUGAACGUGGAGUAGGAUUAGGGAAUUAGUUAGUUUUGGUUCAGUAUUUAAGUUGUAAACGUUGGGUUGAGAGGAUCAUGGAAUAAGAUUAUUGAUUUGGAGGCUUAUGCCUAUUA